AUAAGGGCAGCUGGUAGUAAAGAAGGGGCCUUUCCCUCUGCCGGUGACCAGGAGGCUGCGUUUUCAGAUUCUCCUUGCGAGCGACUCCCAGCCUCAGAUCUGAAAGGCGCCAGCUCUGCACCCCAGAUCACAAGAAGAUUGUUUUCUCACACAAGAGUCGCCCUUUAACAGUAGCAGUCACCAUGGUCGACACAGAGAUGCCGUUCUGGCCCACCAACUUCGGGAUCGGCUCCAUGGACCUCUCGGUGAUGGACGACCACUCUCACUCCUUUGACAUCAAGCCCUUCACCACGGUCGACUUCUCCAGCAUCUCAGCACCACACUACGAAGACAUCCCAUUUCCAAGGGUGGACCCAAUGGUUGCCGAUUAUAAAUAUGACCUGAAGCUCCAGGAGUACCAAAGUGCCAUCAAGGUGGAGCCUGCGUCUCCCCCAUAUUAUUCUGAGAAGUCUCAGCUGUACAACAGGCCUCCUGAGGAGCCCUCCAACUCGCUCAUGGCCAUUGAGUGUCGCGUGUGUGGGGACAAGGCCUCCGGCUUCCACUACGGAGUCCACGCCUGCGAAGGGUGCAAGGGUUUCUUCCGGAGGACCAUCCGAUUGAAGCUUAUUUAUGAUAGGUGUGACCUUAACUGUCGGAUCCACAAAAAGAGUAGAAAUAAGUGUCAGUACUGUCGGUUUCAGAAGUGCCUGGCAGUGGGGAUGUCUCAUAACGCCAUCAGGUUUGGGCGGAUGCCACAGGCUGAGAAGGAGAAGCUAUUGGCCGAGAUCUCCAGCGACAUCGACCAGCUCACCCCAGAGUGUGCAGACCUCCGGGCCCUGGCCAAGCACCUGUAUGAUUCAUACAUCAAGUCCUUCCCUCUGACCAAAGCCAAGGCCCGGGCGAUCUUGACAGGAAAGACAACGGACAAAUCACCGUUUGUCAUCUACGAUAUGAACUCCCUGAUGAUGGGCGAAGACAAGAUCAAGUUCAAGCACAUCACACCCCUGCAGGAGCAGAGCAAGGAGGUGGCCAUCCGCAUCUUCCAGGGCUGCCAGUUCCGCUCGGUGGAGGCCGUGCAGGAGAUCACGGAGUACGCCAAGAGCAUCCCGGGCUUCGUGGGCCUCGACCUCAAUGACCAGGUGACCCUGCUCAAGUACGGCGUGCACGAGAUCAUCUACACCAUGCUGGCCUCGCUCAUGAACAAGGACGGCGUGCUCAUCUCCGAGGGCCAGGGCUUCAUGACCCGCGAGUUCCUCAAGAGCCUGCGGAAGCCCUUUGGUGACUUUAUGGAGCCUAAGUUUGAAUUUGCGGUGAAGUUCAACGCACUGGAACUGGACGACAGCGACCUGGCCAUAUUUAUAGCCGUCAUCAUCCUCAGCGGAGACCGCCCGGGCCUGCUGAACGUCAAGCCCAUCGAGGACAUUCAGGACAACCUGCUGCAAGCCCUGGAGCUCCAGCUCAAGCUCAACCACCCCGAAUCCUCACAGCUGUUCGCCAAGCUGCUGCAGAAGAUGACAGACCUCAGGCAGAUCGUCACGGAGCACGUGCAGCUGCUGCAGGUGAUCAAGAAGACGGAGACGGACAUGAGCCUGCACCCGCUGCUGCAGGAGAUCUACAAGGACCUGUACUAGGGGGCCGCCCCGCUGCCGAUUGCACUAGUACAUUUACUGUGAACAAAAAAGCAUUUUAAAAAGAAAAGCGUUUAGAAUAUGAUCUAUUUUAUGCAUAUUGUUUAUAAAGAUACAUUUACAAUUUACUUUUAAUAUUAAAAAUUAUCGUGUUCUAAAAUU